AUGCGCAUCCCAGCCCUCACUACGAUCGUUGCCCUCGCCCUCGCGGGCUUCACUCAUGCCGCCGACCUCGGCAUUGAAACCACCCACGCCGUCGAGUGCAACCGCAAGACCGUGAAAGGCGACAACGUCAAGAUGCACUACAGGGGCAAACUCGCCUCUGACGGAUCCGAAUUCGACGCGAGCUACAACAGGGGUACACCAUUGGGCUUCAAGCUUGGCUCUGGGAGAGUCAUUAAGGGAUGGGACCAGGGUCUCCUGGAUAUGUGCGUUGGCGAGAAGAGGCAGCUGACGAUUCCUCCUGAGUAUGGAUACGGCGAGAGAGGCAUUGGACCCAUUCCGCCGAGUUCGACGUUGAUCUUCGACACUGAGUUGGUUGAGAUUGAGGGCGUUCCCAAGGACGAACUCUGA